CUUACACAGACUUGCACUCCUCCACGCACGCACACGCACACACACACAAACGCUCGCACGCACCAGAGCUCGUCCUGGCCAGGACGCAUGCUUGCAGUCGACCCACCGCGCUCACCCCGACGACCUCUCUUCGUGAACGGCCGCACUGCAACAUGUUCACGCCGCUAUCGGCCGGGUCUGAGCGAGCGCAGGACAAGCUCUGGGACCGCGACCGCACGGCCUCUGCGCGCAAAGCACGUGUGCGGCCGAGCGUCAUCACUCCGGGCCGCGGGCCGCGCAGCGUCAACAGCAGCGUCGCUGGCGUGCUGAACGGUGUUGCUGGGCCGAGCAGACCGUUCGCGUCGCCGUUCUCGGCGCGCAUCGCGGCGGUCUCGUCGGCGCCCUCGAGCCCCGUGCUCACGCAAGCGCGGAGACGGACGGUCAGCAACGCGGCGGCGGACGAUGCCCCGCAGUCAUGGGGCCAGGUGCUGUUCCGACCCUCGCGCAAGAGGGUCGACGGCUGGCUCAGCAGUUUCUGGAAGCGGCACUUUGUCCUCACCCUCCUGCCGUGCGUCGUGGUCUGGGUAUGGGUCGCGAUGCCCUUCCCCGUCAACGACCCAUACAAGGACUCGCCGAUCCCCGAUAUCCCCUCGUGGCCCAAGUGGCCUAGAAUAUGGAGCGUCCAAGGGCCUGGCGACGAGGACGACCUGCCGCUCGACGUCAACUUUUACUUCUUCCUGUUCUGGUAUUUUGGGAUGUAUCUCGCCGUCGCGCUCUUCUUCAUCACCAUGCUGUUCAACUUGUACCGGCUGAACUGGUGGCCAGCGUCGCUCGGAGCCAAGACCACCUACACGAUCAUGUGGGUGGCCACGCUCUCCGUUGGACUCGUUGCGCACCAGAUGGACUGGUUCAACCUGCACAAGCGGUGGCGAGAGAAAGACCCCGUGGAUGGCUUUGACUGGGAGCGGAAGACAUUCUGGGUCGUCCUGUCAUUCGCGGCAAUGCACAUGCCCGCGCUGGCAUGCUUCUCAAAGCUCAAGCGGGACAAGCGGCACGUGUACAGGCAUGCCCAGCCAGUGGUCCAGUACAUGUUCUUUGGCCAGGAAUUGCGGCGCAUCCCAUCGUCGUGGCUGAGGUUCCUCUGGUUCAUGUCCUGCCUCGCCAUCGCCUCGUUCUCGCUCAUUGCCGGCCAGGCCUAUGCCAGUCUCUUCCUGUCGACGCUGCCACAUACGUCGCUGGACGCGGGUACCUGGGUGUGGUCGUGGAUCAUCACCACCCAGCUCCUCGCGCUCAUCUCAUUCUACAUCAUCUCGUCCAAGGUCCGCUCGCGUGCGCUCCUGUUCCUCUACAAGCUCUUCUUCCAGCUCGUCUACCACGUCUUCUACCGCAACCUCUUCGCGCGCCUCCGCUCGCCGGCCCAGUUCGCGACGGUCCAGCUCUUAUCAUCGAUAUCGGUUGCCGUCUUCUUCCCCUUGCAAAUGACCCAGCUCUGGCACCGGACGCUCCAGAUCGUCGUCGGGUACCCGCAUAGCUGGGCAGACCAUGCCGAGAAUGUGGCGGUCAGCUUCUACUGCCGCAGUCUGGCACAAAACGUCACCAUGGUUGGAUUCCUUGGCUGGCUCAGCAUCUUGCAUUUCGGACCCAACUCACAGAUAUACCCAUUCUUCAAGUUCUCUCAGACGGCCGAGGACCCAUAUACCUUUGCAAUGACCUUCUUCGCCUCGUGUGCUGUUUGGGCAUCGGAGCUUGUCAGCUCGUUUGCCGCACGACAGGUCAUGCUCCGGGCGUUCAAGGUCGACGUGUCGCAGAUUGGCCUCGACGAGAUGCGCGAAUACCCCGAGCUGGUGCCAGCGUGUGGCUGGGCGUCUGUUCACGUAUCAAUGAACAUUCUCCUGUUCCUCAUCAAGCUCAACUUCCGUUGAAUAGAUGCUAUCCAUUCGCGUUCUACAUGGUUGUGACGCGGCUAAUCUUUGUUGUCUAUGCAGUGAUAUACAUGCUAUUUUACUCUGGGUGACCUGGGGGUAUAGGGAGAUGGAAACAAGGGAUGUGGUGGUGGCGAUGACGGUGACAAAUGCGGUGAAAGAGUCCUUGGUGUGUGUGUGUGUUGUUGUUGUGGAGCCGAAUGGCCGAGACUUUGGGAGUGGGAGUGCGAUGGCCCGGAUUUGACAGUGCCGACGCAACGGCGAUGAGGGGACCGUGUUGGUCGCUGCAACGCUUUGUUUAGAACGCUGCACGGUCGUCUUCGCGAGAGAUGACCUUGGAGGGUCGGCUGCCGCCGCGCCGGUCGUCUGGCAUGUUGAAGACGCUCCAGAUCUCGUCAAUCUUCCAGUUGGUGUCAAAGUGGUAGAAGACGUGCUCCUUGAAGACGUUGAUCGUGCCGUCCCCGUUCGGCACCUCGAUCUCCAUGCGGGCCGCGAGUGUGCGCUUGCCAAUGUCGGCGACAAUCAUGUCGGUGGUGAAGGUCGAGCCGGGCCUGAGCAACUUUGCGAAACCGGCGAGGGUGAACGGACGCUGGUUGUGCAGGAGGCGCGGGGCGACAUAGUAUCUGAGCGAGGCCCAGCCGCCAGUGUUGAGCACGCGGAUGUACUCGCGAAAGUGGGCCGUGAGGUCGGCGCUGCUCAGCAUGUCGGUCGACGAGCUCGACUUUUGGGUGGAGAGCAUGGGGCGGUAGAGGUUGCGAGCGCCGGGUGGCGAGGUGGCGUGGAGCAUUGUGAUGGGCGGGGAGUUUGGGUGGGUGGUGGUGGGUAGCUGUUGUUGUGCGUGAUGAGAGGCGCGAGGUGGCUUGGGUGGGUGGGGUGUAGCAGCAGCUGCUCGAUGCCUUCGAGCUUCUUGUAUACCGUUGUUGUGUCGGUGAUUGUGGGUGGUUCGGUCGAGUCUGACGGAGCGCGACGGGGAUUUGGAGUGCGAAGAUUGACGAAGCUGUUCAGUGACGUCGGUGGUCACGGCCAAAUGGAGAGUUUCAGGUGUUGGUGGUGGUGCUUCUCGUGGGCGGGGCGGUGGGUCGAGACGUGGGUUUGGUGUGUAUCGCUUUUUAUUAUUGUAUCGGGGCACACAAAGCAACGGCGAGAAGUGUGUGUGUGUGCGCGUGCAAGCCGACAGAUACAGACACAAUGACGCAGGAUGUGUGAUCGGCGUUCGGGGAGCGGAGCGGAGCGCACGAGCAGGCUGCGGCCGGGGCGAAGCGCGCACGCAGUGUUGGGGGAGGAGAUGGGCGGCGACGAAGGCAGCAGCGGCAACAGCGGCGACGACGACGACGACGGCAAAGGCAGAAGUGACGAGAAGG